AUGUAUGAGCCCACAGCAAAGCUACAGCCUAUAUCCCCAGAUGGAGAUUGUGCUGAUGAAUGUUUCCUGUUUGUGAAGUCUGAUGUAGAUGCUGAGCCAGAGGAGAGCCCAGGGAGCAGCAGUAGCAGCAGCAGCAGCAGUGGGGCUGUAGAUGCCCUCUCUACAGCUCCAGCCCCAGCCCCCCCUCAGGCUUCAGCAGGAGAGCCAGGACAGAGAGGAGACAGCUCCUGCUCUGACUCCGACAGUACUGUAGUUUCCAGCUCCUGCGAGGAGGAGGAGGAGGAGGAGGAGGAGGAGGAGGAGGAGGAGGAAGAGGAGGGGGAGGAGGAAGACCCCACUAUGUUCUCUUCCAAAUUCCUUAGUGGGGCCAACCCCCUAAAUGCCGUGUCCUCUGCUGUAAAUAAGUUUGGUUUAUUUGGAGAUGAUGGGGAGGGUAAUAAAAAUCAGAAAGCACCCUCACAGCAGGGGGCGAAGCCACCUGGAGAGCGGCAGCCUGGAGCAGAACCUGGUAAAGGCCCUCAACAGCAGCAGGCACCCCAGAAAUCUGGCCAGAGCCCCCUUAUGCAAAAGAGCCAACCUCUCCCUAAAAAAGAAUCACCACAGCUGCAUGGGAAUGGACAGGCUGGACCCACAAACAAGCCUGGUGGGCAACAAGCUGCUCCAAAGACAGGGACACAGCCUGAAGGCCAACUUAAAGGAGAGCCGCAAAAAAAUCAACCUCAUGGUUCACCUAAGCCUGGAGUUCAACAACAGACUAAAAGUGGAGCACAACCAGAAUCUCCAAAGGCAUCAUCACAACAGGUUCCACCUAAGACAGGAAUGCAAAAACAAGGGCCUAAAACUGGUGUACAGCAGCAAGAACCUGCUAAGACAGGGGUGCAAGAGUCCACAAAGGUUGGGUCACAAAAAACAGGAUCACAGCAAGGGCCACCUAAAGUAGGACAGCAACAGCAGGGCUCACCAAGAAUUGGACAGCAACAACAGGGCUCACCUAAACUUGUACAGCAACAACAGGGCUCACCUAAGGUGGGACAGCAGCAAGGCUUCAGGACUACAACCCAGCAGCAGCCUCAGCAACCAGGCCCUAAGGGUCCUGGUACACCUGGCCUGUCGCAGGCAAGGUCUUCAUCACCAGGAGCAACCAAAGCUGGAUCUCAGUCAAAAGCAGUGGCUAAGUCCCUUUGCCCAGUGUGUAAGACAACAGAGCUUAAUAUGCACACCAAGGAACCACCUAACCAUAAAACCUGUACACAGUGUAAAACUGAGGUGUGCAGCUUGUGUGGCUUCAGCCCUCCAGACUCAGACGGGCUUGAGUGGCUUUGUCUUACCUGCCAGAUACAGAGAGCUCAAGGAACUUCUGAACCGCCGGGACCUUCCCUCAAAAAGGCCACACCCAACAAAGUUUCUGCCACUCAAAACCAGGCACCAUCUUCUGCUGCAGUUGUCAAAAAAGACAAGUCAGCACCAGGGUCACCUCAGAAAAUGCAGUCUGCAGCAUCGGCAAAAGUGCCAGUCAAGGGUGAAGCUGCUAAAGGACCAGAGAGUCAAAAACAGGCCACUCCAGUGUCUGUUCAGAAACUGACACCUGAGACCAAGAGAACAUCAGUGUCUCAAAAACCAGACCAGACUAGUCAAACUGCACGCAAGCAAAGUGCCACCCCAGCUCCCCAGCAGGAGUCAGGAGGUCUAUUUGGCUUUGGUGGUGCCAAAACUGAAACUGCAAAGCCUGAAGAGUCAGUGACUGGAAAGAUGUUUGGUUUUGGUUCCUCCAUUUUCAGUUCUGCAUCUACUUUGAUAGCCUCAGCUGUUCAGGAUGAGCCUAAAACCACACCACCAGUUUCUCCCAAAAUGCAGAGUACAAAGGAGAGCAAACCACCUGCUGUCCAAAAGUCAAUGCAAGACAAGAAACAAGACCAACCCCAGCAGGCAAAAGGUCAUCCAGCAGGACAAGCGAAAGUGGACAAAGCUCCAUCUCAGACUUCAAAUGCAGCAGCAGCCUCCCACAAUGUUCCUCAAGCAGGCCAAUCCGCUUGUCCACUCUGUAAGAUGGUGCUCAACAUGGGCUCAAAGGAUCCUCCCAACUACAACACCUGCACUGAAUGCAAAAGCACUGUAUGCAACCAAUGUGGAUUUAACCCCAUGCCAAAUGUUAAAGAGGGAAAGGAGUGGCUUUGUCUAAAUUGCCAGGUGAAUCGAGCUGCUGGCGGAACUGAACAUCGGAAAGACAGUUCAUCAUUUACAAAAACUACUCUAGCACAGCCUGCACUACAAAAGACUUCUGCACCAGGAUCUCCUCAGAGAAAAGUAUCAACACCAGCAGCACAACCACCUAAGGUUGAAGCUGCUAAAGGACCAGACAGUCAUAAACAGCCCAGCCCAGUUCCUGGUCAGAAAACACCUCAGGGGAGCCGGACGACAGGUCCUCAGAAACCACCCACCCAGACAAGCCAAACUACACAAAAGCAGGGAAAUGCCACUGCAGCUGCACAGCAAGAAUCAGGAGGGUUCUUUGGUUUUGGUGGUCCUAAAAGUCAGACCGAUGCUGUAAAGCCUGAAGAGUCAGUGACUGGAAAGAUGUUUGGUUUUGGUUCUUCCAUCUUCAGUUCGGCAUCCACUUUGAUUUCCUCAUCUGGUCAAGAUGAGGCCAAGACUACACCACCAGUUUCUCCCAAAAUGCCUGCUGCAAAAGACUUCAAAUCCCCCACUGCCAAGAAACCAGAACAGGAGAAGAAACCAGAACAAUCCCAGCAGACCAAGGGUCCUCCUUCAGCACACCCAAGAGUGGACAAACCUCCAUCAGAGGCACCAAAAAAAGCAGUUAUUUCCAAAGCAGGCCAAUCUGCCUGUCCUCUCUGUAAACUGGAACUGAAUGUGGGCUCUAAAGAUCCUCCCAACUACAACACUUGUACAGUGUGCAAAAACACUGUCUGUAACCAGUGUGGAUUUAAUCCCAUGCCAAAUGUUAAGGAGGUGGAGGAGUGGUUAUGUCUGAAUUGCCAGAUGCAGAGAGCACUAGGAGCAUCUGAGCCUCCAGGAACACCCAUGAUGAAACUCCAAGCCUCACCAAAUAAAGUCACUGUUCCUGCCAAUGCCCUUAAUAAGGAAACUCCCCCACUAGAUAAACCUCAAAAGAAAGACAUCUCUGCACCAGGUUCCCCUCAGAGGAAACCAUCAACACCAGCAGAGCAGUCAGCAAAGGUUGACGUCGUAAAAGGACCAGAAAACCAGAAACAGGGCAGCCCAGCUCCUGGUCAGAAAACUCCACAGGAAGGCCGGAAGACAGGUCCUCAGAAACCACCAGACCAGAAAAGUCAAACUGGACGUAAGCAGAGCAAUACUACCUCAACUACACAAGAGGAAUCCGGAGGCUUCUUUGGAUUUGGCAGUCCUAAACCUCAACCCGAUUCUGAAAAACCUGCUGAAUCACUGGGUGGAAAAAUGUUUGGCUUUGGUUCCUCUAUCUUCAGUUCUGCAUCCACUUUAAUAAACUCAGCUGUACAAGAUGAUUCCAAAACUACACCACCAGUUUCUCCCAAGAUGCCUGCCGCAAAGGCAACCAAAUCACCUCUUGCUCAGAAACAAGAACAGGAGAAGAAACUAGAGCAAGUCCUGCUACCCAAGACCUCUCCAAUGCUACAAGCCAAAGUAGAAAAAGCGCCAUCAGAGCCUCUAAAGGAUGCAGCUGCUUCCCCAGCUGUUCCCAAAGCAGGCCAAUCUACCUGUCCACUCUGUAAGGUGGAACUCAAUUUUGGCUCCAAGGAACCUCCCAACUACAACAACUGCACUGAAUGCAAAAACACUGUCUGCAAACAAUGUGGAUUCAAUCCGAUGCCAAAUGUUUCAGAGGUAAAGGAAUGGUUAUGUCUGAACUGUCAGAUGCAGAGAGCUCUGAACACAUCUGAAGUCACAGCACCUCCUAUGAAACCUCACAGUGGAACUAACAAAAGUUCUCCAUCUGCUGUACAUCAGAAAACAACAGCUCCUAAUGAAGUGGGAAAUCUAAAGAAGGAAAUAUUGAAAUCUGAUGCACCUGUAAAGAUGGAGACUCCAGUGGACACACUUCAAAAGAAGGGGAGUUCUACACCAGGUUCUCCUCAGAAAACACAGCCGACAGCAGCGACACAGGCAACUAAGGUGGCUAAAGGACCACAAAGUGACACACAGACCAGCCCAACUCCUGGUCAGAAAGCUCCUCUGGAUAUAAUGGGGCCAUCAGGUUCUCAGAAACCAGGUGGCCAGGCAAAUCAACCUGGACUAAAACAGAUUAAUGUCACUCCAGGUACACAGCAAGAGUCAGGAAACCUAUUUGGCUUGAGUGGUCCUAAAACAAGGCCUGAUGUUUCAAAAACAACAGAGUCAAUGACUGGGAAAAUGUUUGGCUUUGGCUCCUCCAUUUUCAGCUCAGCAUCAACCUUAAUAUCAUCCGCUGUUCAGGAAGAAUCACGUACUACACCACCAGGCUCUCGUAAGAUGUCUGCACCAGCACAAGUCUCACCCAAGAUGUCUGCUGUGUCUAAGAUUUCUCCAAAAAGUACACCGACAGUUUCUCCCAAAAUGUCGCCAGCAAGAGAGCCCAAAACUCUUUCUCAGAAGCCAGAGCAACAGAAGAAACCAGAGGAAUCCAAUGAGAGCAAAGAGGAUAAAGCUUCAUCACAGCCACCAGAGACAGCAACAGUCACCCAUAAUGCAGGCCAGGCCAGCUGUCCACUGUGUAAGGUUGAUCUUAACAUAGGCUCCAAGGAACCUCCGAACUACAACUCCUGCACUGAGUGCAAGACCACUGUCUGUACCCAAUGCGGAUUUAACCCAAUGCCUAUAGGAGAGGUCAAAGAGUGGCUAUGUCUUAACUGUCAGAUGAAAAGAGCAGUUGGCGCAUCUGAGGUCCCAGGACAUCCCACAAUGAAGUCCCAAACAUCACCUAGUAAAGUUCCUUCACCUGCUGCAGUCCUGUUGAAGGAUUCUUCCAAACCAACCACACCUCAAAAGAUAGUCAGUCCAGCCCCUGCUGUACAAAAGAAGGAGAGCUCAGAACCAGUCUUACCACAGAGAAAACAGUCUACGUCAUCAGUGCAGUCAGGCAAACUUGAAGCUGCUACUGCAUCAUUGAAACAGGCCAGCCCAGCACCUGAUCAUAAAACACCACAGGAAAGACAGAAGACAGGUCCAGAUAAGAUACCAGACCAGGCAGGCCAACCUGGCCUUUUUGGUUUUGGUGGUCCUAAAUCUCAACCUGAUACUGCAAAGCCUGCAGUGACUGAGAAGAUGUUUGGCUUUGGUUCUUCCAUCUUCAGUUCUGCAUCUACUUUGAUAACUUCAGCUGUUCAGGAUCAGCCCAAAACUACUCCACCAGUUUCUCCCAAGAUGUCUCCUGCAAAAGAGAUAAAGUCACCUGGUGCCCAGAAGCUGGAGCAACAGAAGAAAACAGAGACAUCCAAGCAGACCAAAACAGCUCCAUCAGGACAGGUCAAAUUGGACAAAGCCCCACCAGAGCCUCCAAAGGCUGCAGCAGCUUCCCAAGUAGCUGUCAAACCAGGCCAGUCUACCUGUCCACUCUGUAAAGUCGAACUCAACGUGGGUUCCAAGGAUCUACCCAACUACAAUACCUGCACUGAAUGCAAAAACACUGUCUGUAUUCAGUGUGGAUUUAACCCUUUGCCAAAUGAAACGGCGGUGAAGGAGUGGUUGUGUCUAACCUGCCAGAUGCAGCGGGCUCUUGGAGUGACAAAGCCCUCAGAAGUCACUUCUGUCAACUCUCAGAUACUUGCAAAACCCCAAAAGAAAGACAUCAUUGGCCCAGGUGAACCUGAAAAGAAAGAGUCAUCAGCACCGCACUCACCACAGAGGAAACUGUCCGUAACAGCACAGCCAACUACAACUGAGGCUGCAAACAAGCCAGGGGGUCAGAAACAGCCCAGCCCAGUUUCUCAUCAGCAAAGGCCACAGGAGCCCCAGAAAACAUUAGGUCCUAACAAAACACCAGACCAUACAAGGCCAACUGAACGUAAGCAGAGUAAUGCCACUGCAGUGACAAAGCAAGAGUCAGGGGGCCUCUUUGGAUUUGGCAGUGGUAAAACUCAACUCGAUGCUGCAAAGCCAAAAGAGUCAGUAACUGGGAAAAUGUUUGGCUUUGGUUCUUCCAUCUUCGGUUCUGCGUCAACUUUGAUUACCUCAGCUGUACAGGACCAGCCCAAGACCACUCCACCAGUUUCUCCCAAGAUGUCCCCAGCGAAAGAGAUCAAAUCUCCCGUUGCCCAAAAGAAAGAACAACAGAAGAAGCCAGAGCAAACCCAGCAGACUACGACAUCACCAUUGGUACAGGCCAAAGUGGACAAAGCUCCACCAGAGCCUUCAAAGGCUGCAGCAGCCUCCCAAGCCACUGUCAAAUCAGGCCAGUCCAUCUGUCCACUCUGCAAGGUUGAACUCAACAUGGGAUCGAAGGAUUCCCCUAACUACAAUACCUGCACUCAGUGCAAAAACACUGUCUGUAACCUGUGUGGAUUCAACCCCAUGCCAAAUGUGUCAGACAUGAAGGAGUGGUUGUGUCUGACAUGUCAGAUGCAAAGAGCUCUCACAGCAUCUGAAUCAUCAGAUGCUCCACUGAUGAAACCCAAGGCAUCACCCAACAAAGUGUCCACACCUGCUGCUGCCCAAAAAGAUGUAAAUGCAGAUCAAAAGAAAGACAUUAUUUCCACAGAAAAAGCAGAGGUUCCAGACAAAAAUAAGGACAGUCCAACACCAGCUGCACCACAAAAGAAAGAAGAAACUAAACCCCCACUUCAAAUGGAUAUUACCCAGGCAUCAACCACUGCUUCACUGAAUGAAAAAAUGGCACAAGGUACUGUUUCAGCCCCAACAAAAGAGGAGAAAACUGGUUCACCACCAACCAAAGAGGUUCUAACCUCUACUGCAACUCCCACCAAAGAGACGACAGCUGUAGUUUCAGACCUCAAUAAACCACUGCCUACUCAAGCUCCUCCUGUCAAAACAGAUAUUGAAACUUCUCUCCAGAAGAAAAAGGAUAUCAUUCCACCAAGUUCCCCUGCAACUGAAGAAGUAUCUCAAAACAAAGAGGAGAAAGAUGGAAUACUUCAGGAAUCAGCUGAUCAAACAGUCACGUCCACUGAUGAAGUUCAGCCCAAAAAAUCGCUGGAAAAAGAAUCAAUCUCUGUUAAAACAUCACUAACCAUAUCUGCUCCUCCAGCAGGACAGCCACCAAGACAGGAAUCAGAAGGUUUCUCCAGCUUUGGUAGUCCUAAAUCUCAGCGUGUUGCCUCAAAAACAACCUCCUUCUUCAGUUCAGCAUCCACCUUGAUAACAUCUGCAGUUCAGGAGUCCCGCACAACACCACCAAGUUCACGCAAAAUGUCUGCCCCAGCGCAGGUUUCAUCAUCGCAGAUUUCUCCGAAGUCCCGCCCUCCAGUUUCUCCACAGAUGACUUCAGCAAAGGAGGCCAAACCACCUGCUGCUCAGAAACCACAUCUGGAAAAAAUACAAGACCAAUCUCAGCAGGCCAAGGCUCCUUCAUCAGGACAGGCCAAAGUUGACAGGGGUCCAUCAGAGCCUGCAAAACCAGAAGCCUCCCAAGCUGCUCCCAAAGUCGGCCUGUCUACUUGUCCACUCUGUAAAGCGGAACUUAACAUAGGUUCCAAAGAUCUUCCCAACUACAACACCUGCACUGGAUGCAGAACCAAUGUCUGCAACAAAUGUGGAUUUAGUCCUAUGCUAAAUGUAACAGAGGGAAAGGAAUGGCUUUGUCUCACCUGCCAGAUGCAGAGAGCACUUGGAGCUUCCGAACCUCCAGGCCUUCCCAUGAUAAAACCUUCACAAAGCAAAGAGGUCCCUGUUACUAUACAGAAGCAAGAGACCCCAAAGUCAACUUCUCAGGAAGACAUCCAUAAAGCAGAUGCACCCAAAAAGGAGCUUGCUAAUGUUGCCACAACCAAAGAAUCUAAAUUCCCAGCCCUUGGUCCACCAACAAAUGAAGUUAGCCCUAUACUUGCUUCAUUGCCUGACAAAACUGUGUCAUCCAUUGUCACAAAGACUGAAGAGUCACAAGCUUCACAAAAGUUUUCUGGAGAGACACCCCAAGGACAACCUGGUAUACCCCAGCAACAGGCUCCAAAAGCUGUGAUAUCUACUACUGAUUCUGUUCCUCCUCCAGAUACAGAGACAGGAAAGCCACACCGACAAGAGCCUCCAAAGGUUGGGACUUCUAUUGCCAAGACUGCUCCUCUACCAGAUCAAGAAGCAGGAAAGCCACCCACACAAGAUCCUCCAAAAGCUGGGACUUCUAUUGCCAAGUCGGCUCCUCCACCAGAUCAAGAAGCAGGAAAGCUACCUACACAAGAGCCUCCGAAAGCUGGGACUUCUGUUGCUAAGUCUGCUCCUCUACCAGAUCAAGAAGCAAGAAAGCCACCAAUACAAAAACCUCCAAAAUCUGAGACUUCUAUUGCUAAGUCCACUCCUCCACAAGAUCGAGAAGUGGGAAAGCCACCCCCACAACAACCUUCAAAAGCUGGUACCUCUCCAGCUAAAUCUAAACCACCACCAGCACAGCCAGCGAAACAGGAGUCAGGAGGCUUCUUUGGUUUUGGUGGUCCUAAAACACAGCCUGCAGCAAAGUCUGCUGAGUCAGUAACUGGAAAGAUGUUUGGCUUUGGGUCAUCUUUCUUAAAUUCUGCAUCCACUUUGAUAAACUCAGCUGUCCAGGAUGACUCUAAAGCCACACCACCAACUCCACGUAAGAUGUCCACUACAGCUCAAGUCUCGCCUAAAACUACACCAACAACUCCACGUAAGAUGUCCACUUCAGCUCACGUCUCUCCUAAAACUACACCACCUGCCUCUCCUAAAACAUUACCUGCAAAGGAGACCAAGCCACCUGUUGUCCAGAAAACUGAGGAGAAGAAACCAGAGAAACCACAGCAGGAAAAGACACUUUCAACAGUACAAGCCAAAGUGGACAAAGCUCCAUCAGAGCCCCCCAAGGAACCAACAGACACCAAAGUUGCUCCAAAAGUAGAUCUGUCCAUCUGUCCACUCUGUAAAGUUGAUCUCAACAUAGGCACCGCAGAUCCUCCUAACUACAACACUUGCACCGAAUGCAAGACUACUGUCUGCAACCAAUGUGGAUUUAAUCCAAUGCCAAAUGUGGCUGAGGUACAGGAAUGGCUUUGUCUGAACUGCCAGAUGCAGAGAGCACUAGGAGCAUCUGAGGCCACUGGACGUCCUAUAGCAAAACCACAGCCAUCCCUAAGCAAGGUUUUUACACCUCCUGGCGCUGAGCAAAAGGAUAUACCUACAUUAGUCCACAGGGAGAAGUCUACAGAAUCUACUGCGGUCAAAAAAGAGUUCACACCAACUCCACAGAAAAAAGAGACCCCCAAAGUUGAGUCUCCAUUGCCAACUGCUGUCCAAAGGAUGGAUACAGCACAUCAAGGUUCUAUGCAAAAGACACAGGUCCCUUCAGGUACUGAACAAGGACAAGGCAAGGGUGUUGCUGGCCAGCAACAGCCUGUUGGAAAAUCCCCACAGGUGCAGCCUUCUCAGACAACAAAGCCAGAAGUUAAGGCAGGCCUUGCAAAACAAGAAACUGGAAAACCACCACAACAGCCCUCAAAAUCUGCAACCCCUCCUUCCAAAUCUGCACCACCACCAGCUCAGGCUUCCAAACAGGAGUCGGGAGGCUUCUAUGGCUUUGGUGGUCCUAAAACACAACCUGCUACAGCAAAGUCUGCUGAGUCAGUGACUGGGAAGAUGUUUGGUUUUGGUUCCUCUAUCUUCAGCUCUGCAUCUACAUUUAUUACCUCAGCUGUUCAAGAUGAACCUAAAACUACACCACCUACUCCACGUAAGAUGUCGGCUACAGCCCAUGUCUCUCCUAAACCUACACCUCCAGUGUCCCCUAAGAUGUCUCCUGCAAAGGAGACCAAACCCCCUGCUGCCCAGAAAUCUGAGCCACCUCAACAGGCUAAGCCUGCUUCAUCAGCAAAGGCCAAACUAGAGAAAAUUCCAUCAGAGCCUCCAAAAUCUACAGAAGUGACCCAGGUUGCUCCUAAAGCAGGUCUGUCCACCUGUCCACUCUGUAAGGUCGAACUCAACAUGGGCUCCAAGGAUCCUCCCAAUUACAACACCUGCACUGAAUGCAAGAACACUGUCUGCAAUCUUUGUGGAUUUAACCCCAUGCCUCAUACAGCAGUGAAGGAAUGGCUGUGUCUGAACUGCCAGACUCAAAGGGCUUUAUUGGGACAGUUGGGAGACUCGGGAAAAAUUCCCCAGCCUUCACCUGUAUCUGCCAAGCCAGAGACCCAAGCCAAACAGGCAACCCAAAAGGCAGAGCCCAAAACUGCCCCUACAAAGGCAGAGCCCACCCCUAUAGCCACAGAAUCACAGCCCUCACCUGUCCCCAUCAAGGCAGUACCAACUGCAAAGGCAAAGAUGGAGCCUACAUCUGUCAAGAUGGAAACCACAGCCACAGCAGCUUCUGCACAAAUUGAGCUUGAGACCACACUCACACCCACAACAGCAAAGGUUUCACCUGUUACAGCAGGAAAACAGCCUUUGGAAGCAUCCACAGCUACAUCUGUUAUACCUGCCAUGGCCCCUGUGGAACAUACAGAAGUAACACAAAAGGUUGAAGUGCCAAAGGCAGAUAUUCCCAAGACUUUAAAAGUGGGAGAUAAAGAAGAGGCAGUGGAAUUUGAGCACAGUGUGUCAGAAAACCCCAAAACUGAAGCGUCUAAACCUGACCUUUCAACAGUCAAAGUUGAAGCAGGUGUCGUAGCAUCCACCUUCCCAGUGACUAAGUCUACAGUUUCACUCACCUCCCCUAUUGCUGCUGAGGUUGCUAUGGCUAAGGUUGUCCCAGAGACUGAAACACAGCCAGAAUGUCCUGUUUACGAGGAGAUUAUUAAGGAAGUACAGUCUGAUGAUCAUAUCAAACUUACAGAGCCAACACAAUCUUUACAGCAUGUUGAGGUGCAACCAAAGUCACAAGAACCACCGCUGGUAUUGGAAGUAGAGCCAGUCGUAGCAACUGACAGCAAGGAGGUGGCUGAUGAGCAGGUUGAAAAGAUUAUGGAUGCCACUUCAACUACAGUGACACAACUAGUAUCUACAGAGAACAUCAUCAUAACAGAGCAAGAUGAAACCGAAAAAGAAGGAAAGGUCUCCCUACCUACUGGGGAGGUUAAACUGGAGAACAUAGUUAUCCCUGCGGCAGCUACUAAGCCGAAAUCCAAAGUAGAAGAGCAUAACGAAGAUCAACCCCAAAUUUUACCCAUAUCACAAGAACUGGAGGAUGGGCAGGUGGUUAGUGAUACAAAUAAAAAUGAUAUGGAUACCCAUCCAUCCUUGCCAUUAAAGGAGGUAGUCAACACUGAGAGAAGGCGCCUAAGUUUCCAAGCAAUGGAUGAGAGCAGUGAAAGUGAGCUCACACCCUCACCCUCACCUAAAGUCCAGAAGAGAAAGCUAGAGGUGAGCAAUGUUUCAUCUAGCAGUGAGGACAUCAAAACUGAAAGUGUUGAUUCUUAUAUGGAAGAUGAAGAGUUCAUCCGCAGGCAGAUACUGGGUAUGGGGGAUGAAGAAGAAAUGUCUCUUUCAGAAGAUGAAAAAGAAAAGAAUCUGGCAAAUGAGAAAGCAAUCAAGGGGGCUGAGCUUGAUAAUUCUUCAGUGACAGCUAAAUCACUGUCAAGAAAAAGUAGCACAGAUAAUGAAGACAGCCUAGCCAAGAAAAAGGUCCUCCCAAAAACUGACACUGCAACUAAUCAAGAUGUUCCUGAAACACUGCCCAGUACUACUUUCAAGAAAGCUACUCCAGCCAUGAGACAGAGACAAAGCACUGAUGAGGAAGUAGAGAGCAUUACAGAAUCCCUGUCAAAGGGAUCAUCUAGUGUUCAGGCAUCUAGCUUUACUCCAGGAUCUUCACCUACAUCAGCCUCAUCUCUGGAGGAGGACAGUGAUAGCAGCCCCAGUCACAGGAAAAUCAGUGGGGACAAACAGCAUCGCAAAGCUAAGCACAGGCAGCCAACACAGCCUCUCCCUACCAUUGAAGACUCCUCUGAGGAUGAAAAGAUGAGAGAGGAAGAGAAGAUUAAGAAAGAGAAAGAUGAACUUAGGGCCCAUGACCAACCACUGUCUCCAGCUGAAGUAGCUUCCUCCACUGAGGAUCUGAGACAGGUCACUGUAAUGGAUGAAACCAGUAGCACAGCUGGCUCUCAGUACUCUGCAAGUAUAGAAUCAGAAAGAGAGGCUAGGCAAGCUCUGCAGAGAGGACGUAAGCCUUCACCAACAGUGAUACCAUACAUUUCUUCUGAUCCAUUUAAAGAGAAGGAUACUGUAACAAAAUUAUUGAGGAGUGCUGAAGAAGCAUAUGAGGAAAUUAUUCAGAAGACAAAAGCUAUUCCAGGGGAGAGUCCUCCUGAUAUAGAGCCACUCUAUGGAGGAAUGGCAAUAGAGGACUAUCUUUAUGAAUCCUUAGUUGAGGAGCAUGAAAUUAAGAUGAGUGAAUCUCAAGAGGAAGAACUCAAACAGGAUACCAGUUCUGAAUCUCUCAAAAAACUCAGGUCUCCAGAGGAGGUUUAUGAGGAGAUGAUGCAGAAAAAGAGAGAAUUGAUGAUGAUAGAGCAAGAGUUUCAACAGGCCCAGACUGCAAUGGAAACUUCCUCAUCAGGGGCUUCAUUCACUGGGGUUUCCUUGGUUGCUGAGACCUGUGUGGUGACCAUAGCCACAGAAGAGACCUCCCUCUCUGAACAAAUUGAUAUGCCUCCUACAGGGAUAGAAACUUCCAGUGAAUUGCCAGUGAAGAAAAAGAAACGUCCAGCUCCACCACGCCCCACUGAACCUCCAAAGCGCUCAGAGGUAACUGUUGCUCCAAGUACUCCUAGUGGAUCUAUAGGUUUUGUUAGGCCUAUGGUUCCUCAAGAUCCUGCACUCAGAAAGGCAUUGUUCCCCAUACCAGACCUCAAGAUUACCCAGUGUUCAUCUGGGGAGGAAGAGGAUGACAGUCUUGCAGACGAGUAUGGUGUUGGUAUUUCCUCUGACAUUACACCCAGUGAUGACUCUGAGACUAAAGAAGAUCAAUCUAUAAGCCCACCUUUAUCUGAAACACCUGAGAUGGAACCUAUCUGUGUGGUCUGUGAAAUUCCAGAGCCAAAACCUAUUCCAACCCCAAUAUCUGCACCAGAGCUGACCACUACACCCUCCCCCGUAUCACCAUUGUCACCUCCAACUUCACCAGCCACUCCAGAUUCCAGUUUGGCUUCUAAUGCUACAUCUUCAUCCUCAUUCCAGGCUCAAACACCUCUUUCAUCAGAUUCAACGCCACUGUCUACACCAACGCCUCCAACUUCAUUUGUAACCCAAUCACCCCCAGAGAUCUUGCCACCAUCACCUGCCACAACUGCAGCCGUACAGUCGAGUGGGGGAUUAGUCUCUCAUCCCACCCCAACCACAGUUAUAGUUACAAUUCCAGAUGUGGUGUCUGAUCCUGCCAAAGGUCAGACAACUGCCAUAGUUCCAGUUAAGGCUUCUACAGCUGAAACCCCAACUCCAGCCCGAGUGGAGACAUCUACACUUGUACCUAUUGUGGUUCAAAUGCCAGACUUGGUUUCAUCUCCGUCUCAGGUGCCUAUUGAGGCUCCAGCUGUUAUACAGGUCUCAGCACCGAGUCCAGUACCUGUUGUUGUUUCAGCUCAACCUACAGCCCUAGUAUCAGCUACAUCUGUAACAGUCUCCACUCCAGCUCCAACCCAUGUUGUUUCUGCUUCUAUGACUCUGGCUUCAUGUCCUGGGCCAGUCAUUGUCCAGAUGCCUGACCUGGUUUCAACUACAUCUCCAAUGUCUGCACAAACCCCACUACCAGUAUCAGCACUUGUCACUACCCCAGCUCAAGCCCAAGCCAAAGUGUUACACUCGGUCCCUGUGCAACCAGCCGUCCCAUCUAUGAGCCCGGUGGUAGUUCCAGCUCCUACUCAAACAGCCCACGUUCCUGCACCAGCUCCAGCAUCAACUACUAUAGUCAAAAAGAAGGUUCCACCCCCUCCUCCCCCUCGGUCUACUUCAGUAUCAUUACCUGAGCCUAAUACACAGCUGCCACUUGCAAGGCCUAUUCAGCAGGUCACCACUACUGUGACCAGCACUGUAGCUAUAGGAACCACAGUCUCUGGUCAGCCAAUGCAGUCUGUAGUUGUGGAUAUACAGCCAAGAAUGGAAGACAUACAACCAGAUAGUGUGGCUGUACCUCAAGUAGUGACCCCAACCAGACAAGGGCAUGUAGUUAUUAUAGUGCCCAGUGUGGAAAACAUAUCUCUGCUUGGACAAACCCCACAAGAUAUAACUAGUGCAGGGCCAAAUUCCACUCCUUAUAUGCCACAAGUUAGUCAAAUAGCCAAACACCCUGCUUCAAAUAUACCCAGCACAGAUUCAGCUUUGCUAACCAGUGAGGUGUCAGCAGUCCCGGUGGCUUCAGCUCCACCACUUCCACCUAAACCUAUGGCAGGGACAAAAGUUAUGGACACAGUAGAAAUACCUGUAGCAGAUACACCUCCACCACCUCCUACCACUGUCCCCAAGCCAACUGGUUAUCCAAAGCCACCAGUUUCAACUGCAGUGACAAUUGCUACACCAACAGUUCCACAAGUUUUUGUUACAAGUGGUCCUAGUCAAACUAGCAAACCUCCUCCACCUAUACCACCUAAGCCUAUAUCAAUUCCAGCAGGACUGGUUUUCAGCCACAAGCCAGGAGAGAGUGUCAAGCCACCUCCUCCUCCUGUGGUUCCCAAAGCUGCAACACUGCCUAGGACCAAAGAACCACCAAAUGCUCUGUCACUUAGCCUUACACGACCUGUGGAGUCUAAGUUGGGUGCAACAUCUCCUAAGUCACCUUUGUCGCCUAGAUAUGCAAAAUGUUUGCAAACUUAUGUUGUGAUAACCCUUCCAUCUGAGCCUGGCUCACCAACAGAGGGAAUAACAGUCCAGGCACCUGUAAGACGAGGCUCCAUUCCAUCUGCAAAAGUGUCAGGGAUACGGACCACACCUUCAGAGCAAAAAACACCCACUGAGGCAUUUUCAGCAUUGGCUACAGUUAGGAGAGCCUCUGUCCCCACUGUAAGGCAUCCACUUCCAACACCUGUAUCUCCAAAUGUGGCAGUAGAUCAAGUUACAGCUUCUGAGGAAGUGGUUGCUAAAGUGCAAGCCAGGAGAGACUCUCUGCCUUCUGUAGUGCAACCACCACCAUAUGUGGCUGAUGCUAUCACACUGUCAUCGGGUCAGGACACAUCUAUAAAGGUAUAUAGUGUACCUCCUCCACUUAAGAAACCAUAUGUGCAGCAGCAACAGUCAAUUACUCAGCCACUGCCACCACCUAAAGCAAUGUCGGAGGUCAUCACAGUGCCCCCAGAGUCAAGGGUUCUUAUUCAACCAUUAACAGUCCAAGCAACAGCAAGAGCACAGUCCGUACCAUCAGUUUCUCAGCAUCCAAACCUAGCCACACAGAUCAUAACAGUUUUACCAGAGAUGUCGACUGAGGUACUAAUUCAUCAGGCCCCAAUAACAACUGUACCUGUGCAGCCACAGCCUCUGACAGAUGUUGUUUUGUCACUGCAGCCUGAGGUACCUUUAGAUGUACUAUUUCCCCAAAAUAGACCAGCUGCAUUCCCCUCAACUGAUCUUUAUCCACACGUUGCAACACAAAUAGAAAUGGUUCAAAAAGAGCAGGAUAUACCUACUGAUGUCAUUGUCACUGAGGCAGUUACAAUAAGAUCAUCGAUACCAGGAGUUAGUCAGCAAUUUCCUGUUCAGCAGCAAUUUACAAUAGUUGAAGCGUUGACUCACUCUACAGAGCAAGAUUUGCCAACAGGUUUUAACAAUACUUACACCAUUGCUGAGCUCCCAUCAGUACCACAAGAAGUGACAGGGCAGCUAUCUACGCAACAACCACUUCUUGUAGCUGAAGUCGUGACCUGUCCUACAAAGUUUGAAUUACCUACAGAAGUCAUUACAACAGACUCUUCUGUUAGAAUGCCAGGAAUAGCAACAGUAUUUCCAGUACCUCAUCCUCUACCUGAAGUUAUCUCAGUACCUGAAGUAGCUAAGUUAAUGCAACUAACUACAGUUGCUAAGAUGACAACUCCAACAACCGGUGAAGUAACACCAUCACCUCUUGGGGUGGAAGUUCAACAAAUGGUAGUACAGCCAGAACUACCUCAGGUCUAUGGAGCAACUACAUCAACAGUCAUGUCACAUUCAACACCACCACUCGAGGUCAUAUCGUUGCAGCCAGAACGUGAAACACCCACAGAGAUUACGACAAAGGAUGUUGAUAUAAGAAGAGUUUCAAUGCAGCCUCAGGCAGCAGCUGGGAUGCCAGUUGGAGUUAUUACAACUGAAGAAACCACCAGUAGGAGGAGAACAUCUAUAUCUUCCAUGGUACAGCAACCAUACACCACAAGUGAGAUAUUUACUUAUCCUGCAGAGUAUGAAAUGCCCACACAGGUGGUUACAACUGAGGCCUUUGCUUCCACCAGGAGAGAAUCCAAAACCAUGCAGCAACCAUUACAGUUGGCACAGGUAGUAAACAUGCCAGCUGAAAGAGAUGUUUGUAUUGAUGGUCAUGCUGUUCAGGUUCCCUAUAGGAGAGGAUCUAUUCCUUCAACAGAACAAAGACCACAAGUAUUGCCUUGUUCAUCAGAAUAUGAUCAUCCUCUGGAAAUAAUAACCAGUGAAGCAUACACCAGGAGAACUUCAAUUCCCACUGCACAGGACAUUCCACAGGGUGUGGCUCCAGUCACUAUCACUAAAAUUCAGCAAGAAUCUAUUGAGAGCCAAGAGAUUCGAGGACCAGAAAAGGUUGUCUCCAGUAUGAGUCACAUGUAUUCUUCCUCAAUUUCUACUUCAGGCCAGCCUCCUGAAAACCUGCCUAGCCUGGUCACCCAGGUGGUCACUACUGAGGUCCAGAGGACCACUGUUUCUGUUGUCCAUGAAAGACUUCCUCAGAUCCCCCAACCCAGUGUGGCAAUCACUAUACAACCAGACGUAGCUAAAGUUCAACCUCUACCAAAACAGAAUGGGAAAAUAAUCUACCCUGGUGAUGUUAUCGAUUUACGUACCAUGAAGGUUGGCGUAAAGAUGACUGAACAAGGCAUGGAUCUGACACCGCCUGAGUCAUGUCGACAGUCUUUUUCAAGUGACACUAGUGGACGUCAAAUCACAGCAGUGCAACCUGAGAUUGUAAAUCUUAGUGCAGAGAUCACCCCAGCAACCACACUGUCUGUUGUCACUGACAGCAUCACAAUAGUCACAUGCACAGCCACCAUUGCCUCAUAUAACAACACUCCAGCAGAGAAGCCGCUUGAUUUGCAGGGACCUGUUACAUCAUUGCCUCUGCCUCUCACUACAUACAAACCAUUUGAACCGCUAGCACAGAUUGUAUACAGACCUGUGAACUCCCAGGCUGUAGUUAGUGCUAUAGCAUCCACAGUUCAAGACAUACCCAUUAAUCUUUCUUUUGGAGUCUCCACAGGAGGCAAACAGCCAAUUACUGCAGGCCCAGCAGCUCUCAGCAAUGGAUAUCCUGUCCUUUCUCUGGAGGCCACAGGGGCCAUGGAUCUUUCAAACUAUAGACCAGUGAGAGCUAUGGUAGCUUUGUCUGGCACAAGCCCAGGAGUAGUGACCACUGUUGUAGAGGAUGAUGGGACUCCAGUUGACCUUACAGCUGGUAGGAGGAGUGUGUGCUGUGAUGUCAUUUACAAGCUACCAUUCACAGGAAGCUGCAGAACACAGCCUCCGGUUACAACCCAACCUGACAACCGUUUUGGCUAUAGAGAUGACCACUACCAAUAUGACAAUGCUGGACUGUAUGGUGUCAAAGGCAUGAAUGCUAUACAAGCCUCAAUGUCGGAAACCAACCUGACAGAGGCAGGACUGUUCUCCUAUGAUCCCAAGAAUGACUAUGACUAUCUCAGUGGAUCUUCAGAUGGUGCCAUAGACCUUACUGCUGCCAAACUUUCUGCUGGUAAAGCUCUAGACUACACUAGCAAAGCUCCUGGAGGCUACCCUGGGAUGACUACUGCUCCAUAUUCCCAGGUCCCUGCAGCUGGGUUUGGUGUAAAUAGUGUUUUAAGAACCUCAGAUGGAAUAGUUUACUCCUCUGUUGCUGCCCCAGUUCCAUCCACGUAUGCAAUUACAACUCAACCAGGCUCCGUCUUUAGCACUACCUUAACACCUACGUCAACAGUCCAGAACCAGACAUUGCCGCAUCCGUAUGGUUUCAUUCCCAGUACAGACCCAGGACAGAUAAUUCCUUUUGACACUGGGCUACCUAAAGAGCUUUUACCCACUGCUUUGGCUGACAUUAUAACAGGGUAUCCGGACAUGUACUCAGACACCACCCUGGAAGCAAUAGCUGCCUCUCUAGAUGCCUUAGCAUCCUCCCCAAUAUUCCCUGGCUUAGACAACACCAAGAUGGCCCAGUAUCAAAUGGAAAGGGAGUUUCUAGAGCUAGAGAAGCUUAAGCAGUUAUGUCUCGCUGAGGAGCUGGAGUGGGAGAGGCUUGAAAUCCAGCGUUACCGUGAACAGGAGCAGCUUAUGGUCCAAAGGGAGCUUGAGGAGCUUCAGGCUCUGAAACAGCAGCUUCUCCUACAGCAAGAGGAAGAGCACCAUGCCCAUAUGGUGGCCCAGCAGGAGACCUAUGCCCAGCAGAAAGAGCAGUUGCAACAAAUCCAACAACUCCAAGUGCAACUGCAGCGGCAGUUAGAUGAGCACUAUGGUAGCACUGGUACCACAGGGAACCUCCUUGAUGCUAAAUAUGCUGGGGUAGGGGACAGUGGUCAGUACUGGCCUGUCAAAGACGAGUCUACAAUUCCAUCUGUUGGGACACAGUUUGAUGAAAGUCAGGACCAGCUUAAUCUAGUAAAGAAGCUUCAAGCUGAUCAGGACACAGGAAAAAAAAUAAUUGAUAGUGGAGUGCAGACAGAUGAUGAAGACUCAGCAGAGAAACAGCAUGUAGGAAGGAGAAAGAAGAAUAAGAGAAAUGUUGAUAGCUCAGCUCAGACUGAUGAUGAGGACCAAGAUGAAUGGGAUGCACCCACAAAAGCUCGACGACGCUCUCGAAAACAUAGUAGUGAUGGAAAACAUGGCUUCAAGGUCUCUAGCAUUGCUAUCCAGACAGUGGCAGAGAUAUCAGUCCAGACUGACCACUCUGGAACUAUCAAACGACCCAGUGUCCAAAUGGACACCAAGGUUGAAAUCAUCAAGCAUAUCUCAGCUCCAGAGAACUCUCAGAGAGGUGGUAGUCUGAGCUGUCAGACAGACCCAGACAGAAGGCACCCAUCCAUUGAGGUGGGCUACAGCACACACCUAACAGCUGAUGUCCCCUCUAAGUCUAAAGUCUUCUACAACCCAGUCUCUCCCCUUUCUCCGGAAAAGUCACUUGGAGGGCAAAGAAUGUUGACGGCUGACCCAACCAGAUUUUCCUCUGGUCCUCGGAUAUUAAAGGCUGGUCAGAAGUCUCUAUCUGAUCCUAAAUCCCUUAGUCCUACCACAGAAGACAGGAUGGGUGGAUACUAUGCAGACAGCUAUUCUGGCCGAGGCUCUCCCUCUGGCACAGGUAAGAAGGUAAAACGGACACUACCAGACCCCCCUCCUGAGGAUGACUCUCUGACAGGACGGUCAGGCUACAGCACCAACUCUGCUCGUCGCCGUCUUGCCCGCAGUACAACAAUGGCCCGUGCAAAGAUCCUGCAGGACAUUGACAAGGAGCUGGAUCUGGUGGAGAGAGAAUCUUCAAAACUUCGCAAGAAACAGGCUGAGCUAGAUGAAGAGGAAAAGGAGAUUGACGCCAAGCUACGAUACCUGGAGAUGGGUAUCAACCGGCGUAAGGAAGCCUUGCUGAAGGAGAGAGAAAAGAGAGAAAGGGCCUAUCUCCAGGGGGUGGCAGAGGAAAGAGACUACAUGUCAGACAGUGAGGUUAGCAACAUCAGGGAAGCCAGGGCUGAUGGCCUGGAGAGACCACGCACUGCUCCCCAGUCGGAGUUUGACCAAUUCAUUCCCCCACAGACAGAAGCUGAUUCCCAGUACAACACGCUAACUAGUCCCUACUCUCAUUAUGCUCAGUAUGUUCCUCAGACCCAAACUACCAGCCACUACACGCAGCAGAACCUGUAUCAGCAGCAGUCCAUUUACCACCAACAGGUGUCUCCUUACCCAACCCUAUCCCUCUCCCAUGCCCAGGCUCAACCUAGCAGCUACCAACAUGCUCUGCUUUUGCAACAGGGAAAGCAGCGACAAACCACCCUGUCUGAUUUAGAGCCUAAGAUCACCACCAACUAUGAAGUGAUGCGCAACCAGCCUCUGCUCAUUGUGCCAACCUCCACAGAAGGUGGCUAUGGGGUGGCUCACCUGGGGGGCAAGUAUGGCAACUUGGACUUGAGGCUGGGACUAGAGGAGAGGAGCAUGGCUUCCAGUCCCAUGUCUAGCAUUUCUGCUGAUUCCUUUUACGCUGAUAUUGACCACCACAACGCCAGGAACUACGUGCUCAUAGAGGACAUAGGGGAGCUAACAAAGGCAUCAACAGGGUUGAGCAACACCGGCUUGGGUUCUGGAUUCAACCUGCCUGAUAAGGAGUUGUCCAAGGCAGACAGACUGCUAAGGGCGGCAGAAGUCAGGCGCACAGCAGAGGUGGCAGAUUUUUUAGGCUCAUCUCGGCUUCAGAGUUAUACUAAAGGAGAAGAUGACACUAUGGAGGAGCCUUAUGAACUGAAGCUACUGAAGCAGCAGAUUAAGCAAGAGUUCAGGCGAGGAACUGAGGGACUAGAACACUUAACAGGCCUGGGCCUGCCCCAGUAUCUCCCCAGUGAUAGCAGUUUUCGCCACUUCCCUAAAGGAGAAAAAUAUAGCAUUGGCAGGCUCACCCUUGAAAAACAGGCUGCAAAGCAACUCCCAGCAGCUGUUCUUUACCAGAAACAGAUGAAGAACAAAAAGGCCCUAAUAGACCCUAAGGCCAUUACUAAAUUUUCCCCAAUUCAGGAGAGUAGGGACCUGGAGCCUGACUUUGGCAGCUACAUAGGAUCUGGAGCUUCCUCUGUGACCAAUCUAGCUGCCACGGCUAGGUUACUCCAGGAUGAGAUUACAUUUGGGCUAAGAAAGAACUUGUCGGAGCAACAAAAAUAUUUGGGCUCCUCCCUGGGGGCCAACCUAGCUGGGUCUCUUAAUCUUGGACAAUCCCUUGGACUUGGAUCCACUAUCAGGUCCACCGCCCAAGAUGAUGGCACCUACCCAAGUGGCACCCGUUCCCGACCCUCAUCACGCCCCUCCUCCCGCCCCUCUUCUGUCUAUGGCUUGGAUCUAUCUAUCAAACGGGACUUAUCCAGCUCCUCACUUAGACUUAAAACAGAAGGAGAUGUUCUGGAUGCAGCAUUUGCCCCUGGGGUGGCCAGAGCAAAGCCCACUAGUUUACCUAUCAGCCAAAGCCGGGGCCGUAUUCCCAUUGUGGCUCAGAACUCUGAAGAGGAGAGCCCUCUGAGCCCAGUAGGGCAGCCUAUGGGUAUGGCUAGAGCCUCAGCUGGACCGCUUCCUCCCAUCUCUGCUGACUCCAGGGACCAAUUUGGGUCUAGCCAUUCCCUGCCAGAGGUACAGCAACAUAUGAGGGAGGAAUCUCGGACGCGUGGCUAUGAUCGAGACAUCGCAUUCAUCAUGGAUGACUUGCAAGGCGCCAUGUCUGACAGCGAAGCACUAAGUGAGUCCAUGCUGGCUUUGAACAGAGACGAUGCCAGAAUCUUUCAUGAAAGUAUCAGACACGCUGGAGGCCCAAACUGGAAUAUAGAAGCCUACCACUUGAGGAGAGAGGACACAGAUUGGUUUGAUAAGCCAAGAGAAGGGCAUCCACAGAGUGGAAACAUGUCAGACAGGAGACAGAUGAAACUGGUCCCUUAUGCCUUCCCUCACACUUGUAUCAAGCUCAAGAGAGACUUGAAGGACACCAGUGUGUCAGCGAACGGACUUGGGAUCCGUGUGGUGGGUGGGAAGGAGAUUCCAGGGAGCCGAGGAGAGAUUGGAGCCUAUAUUGCCAAGGUUAUCCCUGGUGGUGUGGCAGAACAAACAGGAAAAGUUGUAGAAGGAAUGCAGGUGUUGGAGUGGAAUGGAGUCCCUCUGACGGCAAAGACUUAUGAAGAAGUGCAGUGCAUCAUGGGCCAGCCAUGUGCAGAGGCGGAGCUCUGCGUGAGACUCGACCUUAAUAUGCUGUCUGACCCUGAGCACCCACAAGCCCUGGAGCACCAUGUCCAGCUUAAGGCUGUAGGUGGGCAACGUUCCCCAGGUGUGGACCCUAAGCAGUUGGCUGCAGAACUGCAGAAGGUGUCUCAGCAGCAGGGUCCUGGUGUGGCAGGAGCAGGGGUUGGGCCUGCGGGUUUGGGGGUACCCUCUGCACUGGAGCGCUCUGCCCUCCUCCACUCAGGUACUGGGUCAGCUGCCUCCAGUGGUGUGCCAAGCCCCGGCCAGCCCGCAUCCCCGGCCAUAAACAAGAAACAACGGCACAAGACAACAGAGGUCAUGAAAAUACCUCAUCCCAUCACUGGAGAAAUUCAGCUCCAGAUCAACUAUGACAAGAACCUAGGAAACCUGAUCGUUCACGUCCUGCAGGCUAGAAACCUGGCCCAGAGGGACAACGACGGCUACUCUGACCCUUUUGUCAAAGUUUACCUCUUACCUGGGAGAGGCCAAGUCAUGGUUGUCCAGAAUGCAAGUGCUGAUAACAAGAGAAGGACCAGGUAUGCCCAGAAGACCAUGAACCCAGAAUGGAACCAGACUGUCAUCUACAAGAAUAUUCAUUUGGAGCAGUUAAAGAAAAAGACGCUGGAGGUAACAGUGUGGGACUAUGACAGAUCCUCCUCCAAUGACUUUCUUGGAGAAGUGUUGAUUGACUUGUCGAACACUGCCCAGCUAGACAACACUCCUCGCUGGCUGCCUCUGAAGGAGCAGAGUGAGAGCAUUGAGCACAGCAGAGCCCACCAUGCUGCUCAAGGCCCACCCGGGUCAGGCUCAGGUCAGGGUCAUGGUCAGGGACACAGCCAAGGCUAUAUGUCAGUGCCGGGGAUGGGGCUGGGGCAUGGAAUGGGACAGGGUCAAGCACCAGGACAGGGAGAUGGGAGUCAUGAUUCACCUAAAAACUCUGUAAUCAAGAGCAGAAGCCACGGAAUCUUCCCUGAUCCAGCCAAAGACAUGCAGAUGAUGCCUUUGGAAAAGUCACACAGCAGCCCAGGCAGUUCGAAGUCUUCCUCUGAUGGCCAACUGCGCUCCCAUGGCCCUUCCCGAAGCCAAAGCAAGAGCAGCGUCACUCAGGCCCACCUUGAGGAUGCCGGAAUAGCCAUUGCUGCCGCCGAGGCUGCCGUGCAACAAUCCCGCCUGCAACCAAGACCAGGACACCGACUGGGUGAUGUCUCAGGAUCAGUGGUGCUGUCUGCCCCGAGUCUUGUAGGAGACGCCUAUGGAGGUCUGGAUAGUGAAGAGGGGGCGGGCACUGGAGUGGACAGUGCCAUUUUUCAAGUGCCACGCAUCGGAAAGACUAUUCCUAACGGCACCGACAAAGACCAACUAGGGACCCCAGAAAAUGAAGGUGGUAAAACACAAGUAAUGGGGGAGAUCAAGGUUGCUCUCAAGAAGGAGGUGAAGACGGAAGGGGACCAACUGGUUUUGGAGAUCCUUCAAUGCAGAAACAUCACUUACAAGUUUAAGAGCCCAGACCACCUACCAGAUCUGUACGUGAAGUUGUAUGUGGUAAAUGUAGCCACUCAGAAGAGGAUCAUCAAAAAGAAGACCAGAGUUUGUCGACAUGACAGAGAACCCUCUUUCAAUGAGACCUUCAGAUUCCCUCUCAACCCAACUGGACAUUCUAUACAGCUUUUCUUGGUGUCCAAUGGAGGCAAGUUCAUGAAGAAGACCCUGAUAGGGGAAGCCUACAUCUGGCUAGAUAAGGUGGACAUGAGGAAAAGAGUGGUAAGCUGGCACAAGUUGUUUGUCAGCUCCACUCAGACCAACCCUUGAGCACCACACCGACAAGUUGGAUAUAAGAUAAGCCUAGAUGAAGAUGAAGCCAGAAUGUACUAGUUCAGAGGUCCGGUUUGACAAAAAGAUGAAUAAGAGAAAAAAUAAAUAAAGAAGAGGAAAUUAAAAAAAAGAUCCAUUUAAUUCCUCCAUUCUUCCUUUACUUCCUCGGUUCAUACGUUAUAAGAAGUAGGGAAUUAUGUGCUAAUACCAUAACAACUGUAUCAGUCCAACACUGCCAGCACACAUCCACCUCCUCCCAUGUCGGGUCUCUGUUGGUUGUGGACUUUACUUGUACGAUGCAAACAUGCAAACGCCACAACAGGCACUGAAACAGACUUAGCAGCAAUAUGGCAUUGAGAGCAGUGAUGUCUUUCUUACCAUAGUUCCAAUUCCACAAUCCACAUGACACUUUGUUAUUUUGGUGCUGUGCAACUUAGCUAACAUAUCUAUCAGAGGGAAAGAUGAAAAAAAUGUGAAUUUGAUCACAUAAUCAUCAACUGAAUUAGCAUUGUGUUUUAUUCAUAUGGGAGUCACCAUUGUAUUGCUCACAUAAUGGUUUUGACGUGUGUGGUCAUUAGUGUUCUUGAAAUAUUUGGAGGAAUGCAUACCGUUUUUGUAUCAUAGUCUUUCAGUUUCAAGUAAAAAGAAAAAAACAACAACAAAGCUUAUGUUGAACAGAGUCAGACAGUUGACUUUUGCUAUGGGAUGAAGAUAAAAUGUACAGCACCUCAGAUUGUAGAUAUCACAAAUGCAGACUACAGAGCAUAUCAGAGAAUCACAUUGUACAGUGUGACGUUUAUAUAAUAUACAAAGAUAUAGAUGCAGAAUAUAUCUAAAUAUAAUAUACAGUAACAGUUCUCUUGUCACUAAAUAUAUAUUAAAAUAUAGACAUAUGAUCUCUGUGGCUGUGGGUGGCGCACUGACAAUCCAGUAGGCUACUUUAGUCUAUGGUGUAGGCAGUCUUAAUAGCUGUUAUGUGAAUGUGGACCUAUGUGAGCUCAAGGAUGUUCAUGAAAAAUAGCUCCUUCGGUCCUCUGAUCACGCUGACGCACCACUAGAUAUUCAACAGGGCUGUGAUAAAUUAACAUUUGGUCAAGGUCAACAUCCAGUGGCAUAUUGCUAUUUCACUGGCAUGUGAUUGUGGAGGUCAAGUUGUAAUUACAGUGGAAGUCCAAAACACAUGCUGUGUUAAAUGUUACACAAGCCAACCAUAGAGGAUGACAAGAGUUUGUCACAUCGGUCUCAUGUGUACAACAUUUUACUUUAAGACAGUUGUAGUUGCUCAGCGUAUGCUAAUAUUUCUUUCUGAGUAGCCCAAUUACAGUUGGAAUAGACAUGUAAUUCACACAAGUUGUGUCAAAACCAUACAUAGAUCUGCAACUGUCAUUACUUCAGUAUGACAGCUAUGCUAUCUGUAUUAGUAAACACCCAACCUGGUCUCAGUUUUACUUAAAAAUAGUUUCAAAAAGAAGAAAAAAAUGUUCUUACCAGUCAAAUGUCAAGGUUCCUCUGUGUGUCUGGCUGUGCUGUAAAACUCAUUAUGCUGUUAUGUGUCAGUGACUCCCGUUGCAACACAGUGAACCAGCCUCUUUCACUGCCUGUGACCAAACAUUUACUCAGGCCCAAUGGGGUACAGUCAUAUUUAAGUCAGAAGAACAUAUGGGCCAAGUCUCAGUACUAAAGUGGAGCAGGUGACCCAUGUAUUCAUCUUGUAAUGUUUUGCCACUACAUCUACAGAAGGAAAAAAAAAACAGUAUCAAGUGACCCUCAGAACUGCUGUCAGUGUAUUUAGGCAUAUCACAGGGCUGAUGCAAUUUUUUUUAAAGAAUUAAAUAUAACAGAGGAAACAAGAAACACAUUCAGAACAAGAUGUCACUUAAUCUUAUAGCAAAGGUUCACAAAAAAGAGGAUAUAAUGAGGAAGGAAAUGUGGUUGAGUUUUCAGAUAAUGAUUUUGCUGUGCCAAUCUUAAUUUUUUUUUAUUCUAGACCCAUUGGUUCUUAAUUCUAUGCAACAUAGAUGUGUUUGAAUGCAUUUGUUUUUUUUGGAACUAAAUGUUAUAUUUGUGAACAUAUGGUCAAAAAAUAUGUCUUAUAGAAAAAUAACUUUAAUUUGUACAUCAUUGAAAGAAAUAUUAACUAUAUUGAUUUUUUUUUUACUGAUUUUAAUAUAAAUUGAUGUUAACCGCUGUUAACAUCUACAUGGAGCUUGUGCACUUUAUUAUUACAUUGUUUAUUUCCUUGUCUCAUUUUCCAACUUUCAUGACAAGCAAGAUUAUGUGUUUUGUGUUCCUGCACUGAAAUGAACUGAGUCAUGGUGUAUGUGGUGGCAGAAAAUAUUGUGGUGUGCAUUUUGUAUCAAUGUGGCAAAAGAAUACAUGCUGACAUGCUGGGGUUCCUAAACACAAUGCACAAUCUGGGAAGAUUUCACCCUACUACAUUAUGCUCAUAGUCUACUUAACAGUCUGUGUACAAAAUACAGUAAAUAAAACCUAUUCCCUCAAUGCUCAGUCAUGACUGUUUAACCCCUUGUGUUUCAUUAGACUUCCCUCAAGCUAAAUACUGUUUGUUAAGAUCAGCUGUUGCCUGUAAUUGUGAAACCAUCCAUUUGUUGUUGUUCUGAGGAGUGUGAAUGUGACUUAAGUCCUUUGACAUGUGUACAUAAAGUGUUUAUUUUCUACAAAGAUUGAAUGUUUAUAUUGUCCGAAGUUUGAGCAUGUGAGUGUCGAAAAAAAAUCACAAAAGACUUACUGUACAGCAAUGCGUGUCUAUAGUUGUAUAAGGGGAUUUGACUGUGUAAUCAAAACGUGUGCUGUCAUCCAAUGACUAUCUGUGCAACCACGUCCUGUAAACAGCUGAAACAACACAAAGGGAAAAAAAUCUAUUCAACUUCAAUAGUUGUCAGAGACUUUAUGUUUUGGAUGUUGCAUGUUUUGUUGAUGGUUUGUCUGUAUAUUUUGCCUACAGAUUAUGUUUAAAAAGAGAGUAUGUAUAGAUUUAUCUGUAUGCUGAUUGUAAAGAAAUAUGCUUGUAAAAUUGUCUUGUUUUUCACUCAGUGUAAAAACAAAGAAUCUACUGUUAUGGUUUUGUGGUUGUACACAGGAUGUGUUGAGAUAUUAUGCAAAUUGUGCUGUAAAAAAUCAGCUGUUUCCCCUGAGUCUAAAGAAUAAAUAUUAAGAAGAGCUAUAUUACA